AUGGCAAUACUUCUACAAAUUCUUUGUAAACAAUUUCGAUUACCUUCUAAUUUCGAAACAGAACUCAAUCAUAUGUUAAAAGAAGAAUCAGUCAGUAUUGUUGAUCAAUAUUUUCUUGAACAGAAUAUUUUCAUUCAACCCCAUUAUUUUUAUCCUGAAUUAUUGAAUAUUGGUGGAGCACGAGAGAAAUUUGCUGCUCAAAUUGAUCGAGAUAAUGCCGAUCUAUUCGCUUAUUUACCUCCAUCUUCAUCAACAGAAGAACUGCUCCUUAAUGCUCUUGAAGCUCAAAAUUCCAGAUGGAGUGGAUAUGUUUAUCAUUUCACACAUUUAGAAAAUGCUGUGACUAUUCUUCGACAACGAAAAUUAAAAUCACGUCAACAAUUAUUGUCACAUUUCAAGGACUCGUCUGCACUCAAUGUAAUUAGAGGAACUCGCGCACAAGUAAAAGAAUUCGUUCGUUUUUAUUUCCGUCCACUGACACCAACGCAACGUUGUAAUGAAAAUCUUGGUUCAUCCGAACUCGUUCAACGAUUUGGCAACAGACCAAUAUGUCCAAUACCGAUCUUUUUUCGUUUUAAUCUACGUUCGUUAUUAUCCUCAAACAAGUUGCGAUGGAAAGUGAGUCUAGGAAAUUUAGCCAGUCCACAUACCGAAUUUGAUUGUACUCCAGAAAUUGUUAAAAAAUUUGAUUUUCAAUAUGUUUAUGCUGAUUUACGAACUGAACGAGGCAAAUAUGCUUCACAACAUGAACUUUUAAUUGAAUCUGAAUUAGAUUUUGAUCUAUUUAAUGACAAUGAUAUUAGUCUUUUUGUUCAAGAUGAAAAUGCCCGUGUGAGUUUAAGUACUUUUCUUGAUGGAUGCCGUUAUCCAAUUCAUAUAAAUACACAAUAUUUCUUCAACUAUAAUCCUCGCGUAAUUAUUAAACAUUCAUUGAUCGUUCCGAAAAAGAUCUCGGUCUCGAUCUAUUGUCCAACAAAAUCUGUCGAUGACCAUGCAGGUGAAUUAUUCAUCCAGAUCAAAUCGAAAACUCCAACAAAAACGAUUACCGGUAAUUUACGAGGUAUUUAUGAACGAGAGGACGCUUUUACCAUUCUCGGUCACAAACAUAUCUCAUUCAUUCCUGAAUCAGAACUGCUUCAAUAUGCCGUCUAUUAUCAGUAUGAGAAACAAAUUUGGCUUGUCUAUACGAAUUAUAAUAAUCCGAUGUUUCACGCUAUCGAAGAGUAA